CAUAUAUUUCUUAUGCAGGUACAAGGAAUAUCUGGGAAGAUGUCUGAUCUGAAACUGAUUAUAGUAGCGAUCUUGGCCUUUGCCUUCAUUGCUUCUGGUCAAAGAAGGCAGGUAGUCAAAGAUGCCGGGGCUUCAGGUGCUGAAGACAUGGACGAAGAGGCAAUGGAGAUGCUCAACAAGAUGUUCGACGAAAUAGUGUCAACUGAAGAAGACAGCGAGCACACCUCCGAGACUACUUCGGGUGGAGAAGCAACAGAGGAAGAGACUAGGUCCCUUGGUACCUCCUUGCAAGGAAAGCAUAAGUUUCAGAACCGUGAGAAACACUUGAAGACUCUACAGCGAGAGGAAAGGCUUCGACGGAGUCUGUACCGCAAACGUGGGCUGAAAGAGUGGUUUUGCGACAAGCUUCUGGAUUCAUCUGAGGAAUCUAGUUCAUCUGAGGAAAGAGGCAAGUGGGGGGUAAGGAACAAGCUCUGGAAAACGCUCUGCAUUCCCGGUCCAGUCAGUUCAUCCAGCUCUUCAUCCGAAGAAUGGCGCCCGCCAAAUCAUGGGUAAAGACUGCCUAUGUGGAUGACGUCAAGAUGUGUUCAUCCAAUCCUUGGGCUACCUAAAGAUGACACAGAAUGGUUACUGUAGCAUUCAAACCGUAAAUGUGGAAACCGCUGAAGUUUACUAGGGAAGUCAUUAGGUUCUCUCUGAUACGGCCAUUUUGAUGUGAUUAAAUGGAUGAUCCCCGGAAUCAUUAAUUUUCGACUAGUUUUAACAAUAAUGUAAAUCGAAUAAACUAACAGCAAAAUAAAGAAAUGUAUGCCAUAAGUUUCGGAAACGAAAAAGAUAAAACGUAAUGUUAUAGAAUGCCAACGUAUAUUUCCAGACCAAAAAAGAUACGAGUAUGAACGAAAAAUCUUUCAGAUGAAGAAUCUUUUGAGCAGUAUACAUUUAUACAACUAGUAUAUUAUGUCAUUUGAUAAGCCUUCCUUACAACUUAGAUUUUAUGAUAAAUGUAAGUUUUGUCUAUUUUUUUUUCACUUCGCACGCUCGCAUCAGUUCUUGGUUUCGUAGAAGAUGUCAUUCAUAUAUUAUCAAAUCUACAUGAACUAUGAGUAAACGAUUCUUAAAUGUUUAGACAAUGACAGUCAUUAGUGAAGGCGUUAAGUGCUUGUGUUUCACGUAAACGGAACAUCGUGAUAUAGAAAUGCAGGCAAAUGAGUUUAUUUUGUAAUAAAGCUCUGACUUA